AAGUUUACAGGAAACAGAGAGUUGCAGAGUAGAAGAAACAUUACGGCAUUAGCUCGAGAAUCAUUUAAUAGAUUGAGGUGGAUGAUGGAGUCCUUGCGCUCUAUUCGGAUCAGAGAUUCUCUUUUGCAGAUCAUCACUCUCGGAAUAACAGUUUCCUCAGCAUUAAUGAUGUGGAAAGCACUGAUGUGCAUAACUGGAAGUGAGUCGCCUGUCGUCGUCGUUCUCUCUGGAAGCAUGGAACCUGGCUUUAAGCGAGGGGAUAUUUUGUUUCUGAACAUGAACAAGGAUCCUAUUCGUGCUGGGGAAAUAGUCGUGUAUAACGUUGAUGGCCGUGAUGUUCCCAUUGUUCAUCGGGUGAUUAAGGUCCAUGAGGCAAAAGAUACCGGAGAAGUUGACAUUCUCACAAAAGGGGACGCCAAUAAAGACGAUGACAUAUCUUUAUAUGCCCACGGUCAGUUUUGGUUACAGCGGCAACACAUCUUGGGGAGAGCUGUUGGGUUCUUACCUUACAUUGGUUGGCUGACAAUUAUAAUGACUGAGAAGCCAAUAAUCAAGUACAUACUAAUAACUGCACUGGGAUUGCUGGUCAUAACAUCAAAGAACUGAUUAGCAACCAAAUUUCUUUACCCUCUUUCCUGGACAGAAGCACUAAGAAAUGGUGGAAACAUUGUCAGACACCAUCUUGUCUUGGUUUUCUUUUCUUCUAAAGACAAAAAAAAAUGUUUGGAGCAUGUUAAUUAUCCUUUGUUGCAAGUACAAGCUGUCUAACCUUGUUAUUAAUUAAAAAAGAUAAUUUCUCAGUCAAGAAAUUGAUGGUGUUGUUGUGUCUCAUAAGAUUCUCAAAAAGAAAAAAAACAUAUUUCUGCCU